AUGUUACCAGAUGAAAUAAUAUUACUCGUAUGUAAAUAUCUCCAUAGUGCCGAAAUUCUUUAUUCAUUUUUCAAUUUAAACUUUCGUCUGAAUUCAACGAUAGCUGACUUUUGUUAUCAUGUUAAUAUUAAGUACGUUACAUAUAAACAAUUUGACUUUAUUAUGAAACAGAUUAUUCCUCAAAUUAGUCUAUUAAUACGAUCGUUUGUGAUCAACGGACUAUGGGAAAAUAUAUCAAAUACAUUAUAUUUAACAUUAUUUCAUUCAAAACUAUCUUUCAUAUUUCCACAAUUAUAUACAUUAUCACUUGUGAAUUUUUCUGAUAUGCAACUGAACUUAUUUCUUAAAAAUAUUACAGAUCUCUCGCAACUUGUCAAGCUUGAUAUUAGAAAUUUUCGAAAUGAAUAUGGAGAAGUUUUACUUGAACAGAUUUUAGCUACUAACAACAAUCGAUUGAAAUCCAUAUUAUUUGAUGCUGAUUCAAGUAAUUUUAUUCUGCCUACAACUGGAAAUUCUGACUCUAUUGCUUAUCCCAAUAUUGAACAGUUGGUAGUGGAAUUAAUGACAACUAAAACGUUAGUAUAUUUAUUCACACUUGUACCAAAUAUUAAUCGUUUACAUAUUGAUUUUCAUGAAUUAUCGUAUACUUCAAAAUCGAUAUUAGUGAACAUAUCUUCUCUUGUUCAUCUAACAGAUUUUCAAUUAUGUCCAAUGAAUAAAUGCUGGUCAUUAGAUGAAAUUGUACAUAUUCUCAGUAAGAUGCCAUACUUGCAACGAUUAUCAUUGAAUCUACGUACAAAAGAUGAGAAUCUAAUAAAUGGAGAAUAUUUUACGCAACUUCUAUCGAUUUCAAUUAUUGAAAUUCAUUAUUUAUUAAAUAUCAUUUCUCAGGAAUACAUACUGAAAUAA